UCAGGAAACAAACACACACGUGCACUGAGAAAUGGGGAAGUUGUGAAAGUAGAAGAGUCUUCCCUAUUCACUGCAUCACACUAAAUCCUGAGACUGGCUUCAAGAUGAUCCUCCUGCUUGGGUUGGUGAUGCUGACAGGAUGUGCUGAAAGUAUUGAAGAUAUGUCGGGUCGGAUGUUCCUUUUCCCAGAGCAAACCAACACUGCUCGUGUGAAGCUGAACAUAACACAACAGGAUUUAAGUGAAGUUACUCUCUGUCACAGAUCCUUUACUGACCUCAAAAGAGACCACGCCCUCUUCUCUCUGGCCACAUCCUCCAACAGCAAUGGCUUCCUGAUUUUUUGGGAUGAAACAAAUAAGGAGAUGGAUUCUUUCAUCAUUGAUAAAAAGGUAGAAUAUGGAAGGUUCGACUACAGGCCGAACAUGUGGCACUCCAUUUGUACCACGUGGGGCUCUGAGUCUGGACUGGUGCAGAUGUGGUUUGAUGGAAUACCCUCGAUUAGGAGAUCCACCAGCUCUGGUUCCAGCAUCCAAGGACCCAUGAUGAUUAUUUUAGGACAGGAGCAGGAUUCCCACGGUGGGGGAUUUGACAGUAAACAGUCUUUCGUUGGCAUGAUAUCGGACGUCCACAUGUGGGACUUCAUCCUUUCCUCCUGCGAGAUCCAGAACUAUGUGGAUGAACCCCAAUUCACUCCAGGGAAUGUGAUCAACUGGAAUGCACUGGACUUCCAGAUUGUAAACAAUGUGCUGAUUGAGCAAAAAUCUAAGUCAUGUCACUGAACAUUUAAAACAAGACCAUUAACACGUCAGAAAGACAAAAGAACAUAAUAUUACACUUGAUGUGCUUUAGGGUAAAUUUGUUGAGAGGAAAGAUCCAAAUGUAGAAUUUACAGGCAGUAAAUCAGAUUCAAAUCUAAGUUUACUGUGUCGUUUAGGGCAAAAACAGUAAAUGUCAGUCUACCCCCUGCAUUAAAAAAGGGAGAAUUUAGCUGAAAGGCUUUUAUUUAGAGUAUGAAGAAAAAUCCAGAUCCUUCAACUUUCGGUGAAGACUGUUCUCUGUUUAUCUAACACGACUUAUUUCUUUGGCUUUACAGUAGGUUUCAACUGUAACUGUGACAGAUAUCAAAUUCAUUUCUAACAUCAUCUCCUGAUAUGUUUUAAUUUCACAGUCAUUGUAAUCAAUAUUGGAUUGGAGAAAAAUAAAAGCAAUGAAUGACCACAAGUGGUGUGAAAAGAGGUGCUCCCUUGGAUUUUCCUCCUGAGAAUUUCCCUCUGCACACCAAUAAAUUCUUCCUGCUGAACACAUUCAAAGACAGUCUUGAUUUUGCCCAUCUACUGUAAAUAAAGAUGUACCAGGCGCCACUUCCUCCCACAGAAAUGAAGCCAGAAUCACUCUGAUACUAAUGCUGCCAUCUUUAGUCACAACUGUCAAUCAUGUCAUUUACUCCUGUUUUUAUAGCAUCAAAUAACUAAAAAUAAACAAUUGGACAUACAUCAGUGUGAUAAUAACUACCUAAAAUGAAUAAUAUGAACAGUUUAUUAUUUGUGUUUUUCUGAUAAAGUUGGACUUUAUGUUGUUGAUGCAUAUUGUUGGGGAUUUUUUUACUUUAAACAUGGCAUCAUUAAAUCCUGUGCCUUUCGGCACUCAAUAA